CUGUGAUGGGUGUGUGACCGUCGUUUUCCUCUCGGUCCUCAGGUCAAGAUUCCGUUCUCCGUCAAGAUGGGAUUGCUAUGUCAACCAAAGAUCGUGCGGGCGUGCUUUCUUGUUGCAAUAUUUGCAGGCAUAUGUGCAACUCAGGUUCAAGCGACGUCUUUGUACCUGCGGGUCACGAGAGCCGACUCACCUGAUGGCCCCGAAAUCGAGGUCACCUGGACAAUGCCCAAGCAGUACCCUCACCUGACCCUCACCUGGGUGGCACUCACCUACACCUCACAGGUGAGCGAGAGGGAAGUCGGCAACCACCAGCUGGAGGAAGGGAGCGGAAGUUACGUCAUCAAUGAAGGCCUGAGAUAUAACCAACAGUACAAGAUCUGUCUCAUGACCUCCUCGCCUGCCUGUGACCACGCCUCCUCGACCUGCUCCUACCUCAAGGUGCCCUCAGCGCCUUCGCCUAAGAAUGCGAAAGGCGUGCCCCUCUACCUGACGCUGGGUCCCGUCCACAGCAAAAACCUGACGGCGGUGUGGGCGGAGCUUCCCCGUAGCCACUCCCCUAACUCCGACCUCGAGGGCAAGGUCAGCAAGGGGUUCAAGGUCGUGUGGAGGAGGGUCGAGGGGUUGGUGGGUCAUCCGGGUCACGCUUCGAACCUCGUGACCUCCAGGCAUCUCAUAAGGGGUCUCAUUCCCGGCACAAGAUAUGAAGUCUGUGUUGGCGAAACGCUUACCCCUGACGUCUAUAUGACCUGUGACGUUAUUGUUACGGAAGAAGACGUGCCCGGCCCCCCCCUCGCCGAGUCGGGGUCAUGCAGCAUCCAGGCACGAGGCACUCACUGGCGCUGUGACGUCACGUGGGCGGCUCCAGAGAAGACUCAUGGCAGGAUCAGAGGGUACCUCGUCGAGUGGAAGGACCGCGAAGGAUACGUCCUGAUGGAGAGCCUGCCGAGGGGCGUGCUAUGCGACCCCCUCUGCUAUGAGUCCCAGGUCGUGAAUUUCCACCCGACGGAGGUGUGCGUCUCGGCGAGGACCAGGGCGGGGCAAGGCUGGGAGAGCUGCGUGCCCAUCCAUGACGUUUCGGGGAGAAUCCUAGCCUUCUUCGAGUUAAAGGUAAUGCUGAUCAUCGGAGUGACCAUCCUUAUCUACCAGCUGGGUCCGGCGAUCCUCAAGGCGAUGCUCAAGUGCUGCCUAAGGGGUUUAUACCGACACGUAGAAGGAGAGAAAAAGCAUCCAGUGUGAGGUCAGCGCUUCGAGGUCACGUCAGCGUCUAUUUUUUACAAGAAAUAAAUCAUUAUAAACAA